UGUGUGUGAGAGAGCUCUCAGUGAAGCCCAAACCACUGACUGGUGUUUUGACAGCUUAUUGAGGAACGUGUUCCUGGUUUUUGCAAUCGCAGGCGGGUUCGGUGUUUCUGGGGUAGGUUUCGAAGGGGGUGUGAGACUACGACUGCUGAAGGACACAAGUUCACCAAAGUCCUGACGUCAACAGGCAGCUGCUCUUGAACAGAGACCCAAGAUUUCUUUCAUUCCAGUUCGAGAGCAGAGAGAGAGACAAAAACAAGAUGUCGGGAGGUAUCUUCUCUCCGCUGGAAAGCCUGUGUGACCUGGACAAUGCCAACGCUCACCCGUUAGUUUGCCACCUCUGCUACCAGCAGUAUGAGCAUCCCUGCCUACUGGACUGCCACCACACCUUCUGUGCCAACUGCCUGAGGGGCAGGGCCUCUGAUGGACGCCUCUCCUGCCCGCUCUGUGGGCAGCUGACGGUUGUGAAGGGGAACAACGGGCUCCCGCGGGUGGACCAGCUCCUCAAGUUCCUGGUGGACAGCUGUGCCGAUAGCGAGGAAGUCACACAGUGCGCCAACUGUGAUCUGGAAUGUCGCACACAGGACGCCAUCUCAAUGUAUUUCUGCAAUACCUGUGCUCAGCCACUCUGUGCCAACUGCCGUGAUCAGACGCACCAAGCCAAGAUGUUCGCCUGCCAUGAGAUCGUGACACUCGCCAAGCGCGCCAAGGAGCUUCACAAGAAAUGCGCUCUCCACGAGGAGCCGUACAUCAUGUUCUCCACGGAGAAGAAAUCCAUGCUCUGCAUCAAGUGCUUCCGCGACAUGCAAGUAGAGAGCCGGGCCCAUUGCAUCGACAUCGAGACAGCAUACGUUCAGGGCUGUGAGAAGCUGGACCAGGCUGUGCUGGCUGUGAAGGAGCUGCAGACAUCCACGCGGGAGGCUAUCAUCCUGCUGAAAGCCAUGAUCGCCGAGGUCAGGGUCAACGUGACAGAGGAGGAGGCUGCCAUCUCCACACUCUUCUGCAGCAUGCAGGAGCGACUGGCUGACAGGAGAAAGAUUCUGCUCAGAACGGCCCAGAGUCAACACGAGGAGAAAGAGAAAGCGUUUAAGGACCAGCUGACGCACAUGGCCUCCCUGCUGCCCACACUGCAGGUCCACCUUGUCACCUGUUCUGCUUUCCUCAGCUCUGCCAGCAAGUACGAGUUCCUGGAUCUCGGUUACCAACUGAUGGAGAGGCUGCAGAAGAUUGUCCAACUGCCUCACCGUCUGCGACCGGCACAGAGCAGCAAGAUAAACACGGAAUACCGGGCGGAGUUCGCCCGCUGCCUGGAGGCUUUGCUCUUCCUGAGCCAGAGGAGUACCGGGAUUGUGCCCGGAGCCACCGGAAUGCCGGCCGCUCAUUCCGGCAACAACAUGAACCCGCUGAGCGGCUGCUGUCCCGGCUCCAUGGGUGACGCCUCGGUCACCAACUCAAUGGCCCGAAAGCCGACCUCCCACCGUUACAUCAGCACCAAAGUCCUGCUGACAGAGGGCCUGGAGAGUCCAUUCACUGAGCAUUGCCGCAACUACGAGAACACGUUCAGAACCCUGCAGACACAGCUGCAGAACCUGAAGGACCAGGUGCAGGAGAUGCACCGAGACCUGACCAAGCACCACUCGCUUAUCAAGAUAGAUGCCAUGGGGCAGAUCCUGCAGAAGUCACUGGAGAUGGACGUGCAGAUCUCCUCACACUACUCCUCUGUCCAGUUGCUUAAGGCUGUGUUCGAAGAGGUUUGGGAGGAGACAUACCAGAGAGUGGCAAACGAACAGGAGAUUUAUGAAGCUCAACUGCACGACCUGCUGCGGCUGAAGCAGGAGAACAUGUACCUGACGACCAUCACUCGCCAGAUCGGGCCAUACAUCCGCUCCAUCGCCAAGGUCAAAGAAAGGCUGGAGCCCAGACUGAAAGAGCCCGAGGAAGUGAAGGAUGAGCGGACGGACAACAUGUUGAAGAUCUACGAUGACCCCGGGGAAGGGCAGCACAGGAAUGACCUAACCUGCCUGAAUGAGGAAUACAAGAAGCCAGUGGAUAACCAGGAGAAGAUAAUCGACAACCGGACCCUUAACAUUCUCUCCGAGGAGUCGCUGGGCAAAAGCAAGGAAUUCUACCGUCCUGCAAAGCCGAAAAGCGAGAGUCCGGGGAGGAAGGAGAUCUCAUUGUAAUGCGGGAGCAAAAUGAACUACCCCCACCCCCACUGACUGCUACCCCACCCUUCACUGCAUGUCUCCUCGCCUCUCACUGUAAAUACCACACAGCAUCAACAGCAUAUCCACGAUUGUGAAGUUCAGGUUUGAAAUGUAGGUUAGAAAAUAAUCCUCACAUUUAACACAGCGUCUAUAGCGUCACAACGACUCAAAGCAUUUCACAGGGAAUUGUUGUAAAGUGUAGUGACUGUGGAUUUGUAGGCAAAUGUGGCCACUAGUUACACACACUAAUGUUCCAUGCACACAGCCAUAAAGUGAAUGGCUUAUUUACAUUAUUUAUUAUAAUUUACCUGGAGGAUCCAGGGCCAUAACUGGGAGAAAGUUCCUUCUCUGGUCCAAGCACCAGGAUCUUUAACGCUGAACUGGACCUCUGAUUAAUGUUUCAUCUGAAGGA